UGCUUUUUCGCUUUAGACAUGAUAAACCUCAUCUAAAUGCGUUUUAAAUGUUCAUACGUCAACAUAUUUUUAUUGAAAGUGUAUGUAUAGGAUAUGUGAUAAAAUGUUGCUUUCAUAUAGAUAUAUUAGAGAUUUAUUAAUAAUUUAAGACGUGUUGAGGGAUUUCAAGAAUCUUAGUUUGUUAAAAGCAUGUCUUUCGUCCACCCAUAACCUCACAUUUUUCAGUUUUUGAAAAAUAAACUCAGUGCGACUGAAGGUCUUCGAAUUUACAAAAAUGGAGAAAACUUCUCUCUUAGGUAAUAUGAAAACCAAGCAACCACCCGUGGGAUCCCCCAUCAUGAAAUCCAUCGAUCCCAACAUCAACAACAAACCCGAAUAUAACAACGCAUGCGGGGACAAGUUACCUGAAGGCCUUAUGUCGUUAGAUGUAACCGCUGACAUAGACGAUGAGUACAAAAGUACUCUACUCCUCGACGACAACGAAAACCUUAGGAUACAUUCGGAAGAGGAAUUCCUCAAAGCUUUGAACAUUCCACCGAAUGAAAAAGUUAAAGUGGUGUCAAUUUUCGGAAAUACCGGUGACGGGAAAUCGUAUACGUUAAAUAAAGUGUUUUUUGACGGCGAGGAAGUGUUCAAGACCUCUUCUUCGCAGGAUUCUUGUACUCUGGGUGUGUGGGCAAUGUAUAAUGCGAAGAUGAAGGUGAUUUUUGUCGAUACUGAAGGAUUCUUGGGUAUAUCAAAACGAGAACACCAACGUACUCGACUGCUACUCAAAGUAUUGGCGAUAUCAGAUAUUAUUAUAUAUAGAACUAGAGCAGAAAGAAUUCAGCGAGAUAUGUAUACUUUUCUCGGAGGUGCUUCUAAGGCUUACAAGGACCAUUUUAGUUCUGCCUUAAGGAAGGCCUUGAAUAAGGCGGACGCUCAACAAUUUGCUGGUGCGCUUGGACCUGGCGUUAUUAUUUUCCAUGAAACUAGGCACACGGAUACUUUACACGUGAAGUCAAACGUAACACAGUCCACUGAGGACAUUCUCAGGGCGGACUUUGCAGCGUUGGGAUUGUCGUACGAUGCAUUUAGUUUUAUUAAAUAUAUCGGUGUUCAGACCGAAGGACCCGAAACUAAUUUUAAAGAUUUAAAAGUGGCCGUGUUAGACAAAUUGGACAGUACGGAGAUCAGAACGAUGAGAGACGCCAAAUAUAUUUAUCUAACUUUAAAAAGUUUGAAUGACAAAUUCCAAACCGACAUCCAAGACAGUACUGCGCCACUUUAUUUACCAGCCUUCUUUACGUGCACAGAAAAAUGUCAGUCUUGUAAAACCAACUGUAGUCUAUCAAUGGGACAUAAAGAAGAAGGCGAACCCCACCAAAGUACUCAAGAUUGUACGUUUCAGCAUCAGUAUCAAAACUAUGUGUAUCUUUGUAAGGCUUGCUACAAAAACGGACACAGAUCAGUGGUUAAACCCAGCUAUCAAACGAUGACUGAUAAUUCCUGGUCCAGCUAUUUGAAUUACGUAUGGGCUGGUUACGUGAUAGAGUGUCCUAAAUGUGGAGAAAUUUUCAGAAGCAGACAGCAUUGGUAUGGUAACAAAAAUCCAGAAGAUGCAGCUGUAAGGGCAGAGGUAGUUCAUAUGUGGCCAGGGAACAAACCCUUUUUUCAGGAGAGAUCUUUGUUCGGAUCACUCAAUUCAGCUCAAAAAGUCUUGGACGGAGUAAGCAUGUUCACUGAUGUGAUAUCUCAUGUAGGAUCUCAGCCUAAAAAGUUACUGAGCGAUUGGGCAGCUGAUAAAAUAGCACCUAGUUACUGGAGGCCAAACCACGAAAUUAAAGUAUGUUUCCUGUGUAAGAUACCGUUCCUGCCACACGCCAAAAAACAUCAUUGUCGCUCGUGUGGUGAGGGUUUCUGCGAUGGCUGUUCUUCCAAACGGCAGCCUGUUCCAGCGAAGGGGUGGCUAGAAGACGUAAGGGUGUGUGACAGUUGCUACAGCGAUCAACCUCCAACUCUCUCCAAUAUGGGAGAUCCCUCAGAAAACCGCGCUCGCCAAAUCGGCGAAACAGUCAUCAGUACCAUCUCUGCCGUCACCUCGGUACUAGAUAUACCUAAGGAAUACAUAAAAGAAUCUGCUCGACCUACAUACUGGACUCCCGACAACGAAUGCAUAGAAUGUUGGGUUUGUAAAAAGCAAUUUGGACCGUUAAGACCUUUGCAUCACUGUAGGGAAUGUGGGAGGGGGGUGUGCAAUGAUUGUUCCGGAUCUAGGAAAGCGGUACCCUCGAAAGGGUGGGACAGUCCGGUGAGAGUUUGUAGCAAGUGCCGAUGAUUGGUGCCAUGUAGGACUGUAAUGUACAAAUUGUUCCUUUGAGAUAUGCGCAUGUUGAGCGGGAUACUUGUUGAGUACUGAUGAAAUGUAUAAUACACAAACAAUAUAAGACUAACAUUCUCGUAGCUACUUUAAAAUGUGGUGAAAUGAUGUUGCAGUAUGUAAUUUUUAAACGAACUUUAUAUUAAAAAAUGCAACAAGUUAUAUAGUUUCGUAGAAAUUAAACCAGAACAUUCCUUUUUUUAUAAAAUGUGAUGUGUUUUUCUUUUUUUUUUUAAUGAGAAAAAGCUGAUCUAAAAUUCUGAAUUCGUCAAUCUCAAAUACUCAAUAAAACUUUAGUAGCUACAGAAUAUUUAAUCUAAAUCUAAUGAAGGUGUGUUUAUAAUAAUUGGUAUUUUCUUAUAGAAUCUUUGCACGUCAUCCAAUUUUGACGUUGACAUUUUCGCACAGGGUUGCCACAUUGUGGUAAGGCUAUGUAACAGUUGCUACAUUGAUCAACCGCCAACUCUUUGCAAAAUGGGAGAUUCCUCGAAAAACACGACAAAUUGGCGAAACAGUCAUCAGUACCAUCUCUGCCGUCACCUCGGUGCUAGAUAUCCCUAAGGAAUACAUAAAAGAAUCUUCUCGACCUACAUACUGGACUCCCGACAACGAAUGCAUAGAUGUUGGGUUUGUAAAAAGCAGUUUGGACCAUUAAGACCUUUGCAUCACUGUAGGGAGUAUGGAAGGGGGUGUGCAAUGAUUGUCUCAGAUCUAGGAAAGCGGUACCCUCGAAAGGGUGGGACAGCCCGGUGAGAGUUUGUAGCAAGUGCCGAUGAUUGGUGCCAUGUAGGACUGUAAUGUACAAAUUGUUCCUUUGAGAUAUGCGCAUAUUGAGCGGGAUACUUGUUGAGUACUGAUGAAGUUUAUGAUACACAAACAAUAUAAGACUAACAUUCUCGUAGCUACUUUAAAAUGUGGUAAAAUUAUGUUAAAGUAUGUAUAUGUAAUUUUUAAACGAACUUUAUAUUAAAAAAUGCAACAAGUUGUUAGGUUCAUAGAAAUUAAACCAGAACAUUCCAUUUUUUAUAAAAUGUGAUGUGUUUUUUUCUUCUCUUUAAAAUGAGAAAAAGCUGAUCUAAAAUUCUGAUUUCGUCAACCUCAAAUACUCAACAAAAUUUUGGUAGCUACAGAAUAUUUAAUCUAAAUCUAAUGAAGGUGUGUUUAUAAUUGGUAUUUUCUUAUAGAAUUCAGUUGCUACAUUGUUCAACCGCCAACUCUCUGCAAAAUGGGAGAUUCCUCGAAAAACUCGACAAAUUGGCGAAACAGUCAUCAGUACCAUCUCUGCCGUCACCUCGGUGCUAGAUAUCCCUAAGGAAUACAUAAAAGAAUCAUAAAAGAAUUCAGUUGCUACAUUGUUCAACCGCCAACUCUCUGCAAAAUGGGAGAUUCCUCGAAAAACUCGACAAAUUGGCGAAACAGUCAUCAGUACCAUCUCUGCCGUCACCUCGGUGCUAGAUAUCCCUAAGGAAUACAUAAAAGAAUCUGCUCGACCUACAUACUGGACUCCCGACAACGAAUGCAUAGAAUGUUGUGUUUGUAAAAAGCAAUUUGGACUGUUAAGACCUUUGCAUUACUGUAGAGAAUUUGGGAGGGGGGUGUGCAAUGAUUGUUCCGGAUCUAGGAAAGCGGUACCCUCGAAAGGGUGGAACAGUCCGGUGAGAGUUUGUAGCAAGUGCCGAUGAUUGGGCCAUGUAGGACUGUAAUGUACAAAUUGUUUCUUUGAGAUAUGCGCAUGUUGAGCGGGAUACUUGUUGAGUACUGAUGAAAUUUAUAAUACACAAACAAUAUAAGACUAACAUUCUCGUAGCUACUUUAAAAUGUGGUGAAAUGAUGUUGAAGUAUGUAAUUUUUAAACGAACUUUAUAUUAAAAAAUGCAACAAGUUAUAUAGUUCCAUAGAAAUUAAACCAGAACAUUCCUUUUUUUUAUAAAAUGUGAUGUUUUUUUCUUCUCAUUAAAAUGAGAAAAAGCUGAUCUAAAAUUCUGAAUUGGUCAACCUCAAAUACUCAACAAAAUUUUAGUAGCUACAGAAUAUUUGAUCUAAAUCUAAUGAAGGUGUGUUUAUAAUUGGUAUUUUCUUAUAGAAUCUUUGCACGUCAUCCAAUUUUGACGUUGACAUUUUCGCACAGGGUUGCCACAUUGUUGUAAGGCUAUGUGACAGUUGCUACAUUGAUCAACCGCCAACUCUCUGCAAAAUGGGAGAUUCCUCGAAAAACUCGACAAAUUGGCGAAACAGUCAUCAGUACCAUCUCUGCCGUUACCUCGGUGCUAGAUAUCCCUAAGGAAUACAUAAAAGAAUCUGCUCGACCUACAUACUGGACUCCCGACAACGAAUGCAUAGAAUGUUAAGACCUUUACAUCACUGUAGGGAAUGUGGAAGGGGGUUAUGCAAUGAUUGUUCCGGAUCUAGGAAAGCGGUAACCUCGAAAGGGUGGGACAGCCCGGUGAGAGUUUGUAGCAAGUGCCGAUACUUGUUGAGUACUGAUGAAAUUUUUUAUACACGAACAAUAUAAGACCAACAUUCUCGUAGCUACUUUAAAAUGUGGUUAAUUGAUGUUGAAGUAUGUAAUUUUUAACGAACUUUAUAUUAAAACGUGCAACAAGUUAUAUAGGUUCAUAGAAAUUAAACCAAAGCAUUCCUUUUUUUAUAAAAUGUGAAGUGAUUUUGUUCUUCUCUUUAAAAUGAGAAAGAGUUGAUAUAUAAUUCUAAAUUCGUCAACCUAAAAGACUCAACAUAAUUUUAGUAGCUACGGAAAAUUGUAAUCUAAAUCUAAUGAAAGUUGUGUUUAUAAUUGGAAUUUUCUUAUAACAUCUUUGCACGUCAUCCAAUUUUGACGUUGACAUUUUCGCGCAGGGUUGUCGCAUUAUGGUAACGGUAUGUGACAGUUGCUACAGCAAUUUACGGCCAAAUCUCUCCAAUGUGGGAGAUCCCCCAGAAAACCUUGCCCGACAAUCGGUGAAACAGUCAUCAGUACCAUCUAUGCCGUCACCUCGGUGUUAGAUAUCCCUAAGGAAUACAUAUAGGAAUCUACUCGACCUACAUACUGGACUCCUGAUAACGAAUGCAUAGAAUGUUGGAUUUGCAAAAAGCAAUUUGGACCCUUAAGACCCUUGUAUCACUGUAGGGAAUGUGGGGGAGGAGUGUGCAAUGAUUGUUCCGGAUCUAGGAAAGCGGUACCAUCGAAAGGGUGGGACAGUCCUGUAAGAGUUACAUUCUCGUAGCUACUUUAAAAUGUAGUGUAAGGAUGUUGAAGUAUGUAAUUUUUAAACGAACUGUAUAUUAAAACGUGCAACAAGUUAUAUAGUUUCAUAGAAAUUAAACCAGAGCCCAGAACAUUCCUUUUUUAUAUAAAAUGUGAAGUGUUUGUCCUUUUCUUUAAAAUAAAAAAAAGCUGAUAUACAAUUCUAAAUUCCUCAACCUGAAGACUCAGUAGCUACAGAAAAUUUUAAUCUAAAUCAAGAAGGUGUGUUUAUAAUUGGUGUUUUUUUUUAUAAAUCUUUGCACGUCGUCCAAUUUUGACGUUGACAUUUUCAAAAAGAGUUGCCACAUUAUGGUGAUAAUAGGGAAUUCCUAUAUAGGGAAUAGGAAUCACCUCAGAGGUGUAUGGACAAUUGGAAGGACAAAAAAUAAUGAAUAAUUAUUUGUUAUUAAAUUCAGUUACAAAAUUAACCGGUACUUACAAAAAAAUACAUAUUGUGUGUUUUUCGAUCUUUUAGAGCCCUCGUGAUAUUUAUCAAGUAGGUCACAUGCGCAUACGUCGGCAUGUUGUAUCGCCAUGAUUUAUUGUAGUGGAGUCACUGAAGGUUUUCACCUCAGAUUUCGUUGAACCUCCAUCGAUUUUCAUGAAAAUUGGUGAGUAAUUAGAAGAUACCUCAAGGAACAAAGGUGACAUGAUGCCACCUUGUGCUUUUACCCUGGGAGUGGAUGCCACCCCUUCUCGGGGAUGAAAAUUAUUUUAUUAAAAAUAAUACCUUAAGUCGAUAGAGGGACAAAUUAUAAGCAAAAUUUGUUAUAUAAAGUUCUUAAUAUAAAUCAACACUUUUUGAGUUAUUAAAGACCAAAGAUUUUAUUUUUUCGUAAAAAAAUGCAUGUUUUAAAUCCGUUUUUCACGUAUAACUCAAAAACUAUAAGCUCUUACAAAAUAGUUACUAUUACUGAAGUUGAUGAUAAUAAAAAACUGAAUACAUUCCUCACUUAAAGAACUAAACUAAUGUUAGUUCAAAGUGAGUUAUUUGCAAUUGAAUGUGUAUUUUUUUCGACGAGUACUCAAAUCUAAGUAUUCAAGCUUAAAUAACGGGAAGAUGAUGCAAUGUAUAAAAUAUACCUUCUAAUCAUUUGUCAACGUACUUCGUAAUACCUAUUAAAGGAGCUUGAGAACAAGUUAAUAGCGUCAAAAUUAUGCAAGUUAUGAUGAAAAUAAAAGAACCCUGUCGAAUUUUUUAGGAAAAAGUGAAAAAUAAAACAUACGCCAUUUCCACAAAAAUUAAAAUUUAUAGUAAUCCUUGCAAGAGCUUCUUUAUAUUAGCAUAAGUAAUAAUUUCAAUAAUUUUGACUGGUUUUGAAUGCAUAUUUUUGAAAAAAAAAGAUAUAAUUUAAAAAAAUCAUUUUUAAAAUUAUUGUAAUUUUCAUAUUCUUUUGAUAAUAACUCCAAAAAUACUCAAUAUACGUAAAAAAUGAUAUAUAUAACCAAAUUUUAGUUUUUUCUGUGUCAAAUAUUCUACCUGUAUUACUAUUUCCUUAGGGUAAAAAAUAACCGAGAUAGAAACGUUUAAAUCUUAAAUUUUGCUGUGAAAACCAUGCAAGCGGGGCCAUUUAACCUUUUAUUUUUAAAAAAAGUAGGGGGUCUAAAAGAUUAAAUUCAACGUGGUUAAAUAGCCCUUAGAAUUAACUUUUAAACGGUUUUUAGAUAAACCUGAUAUCGUAAAAAUAAACGAAGUUAUUAAAAAAAAAACAAUAACAUUUUUUGGAAAAAUUUUAAAGAUAAUUUUUGAAAAAAAUUUGGUGCAUAAAUUUUAAUAAGUUUUUGUUAUAAAAUGCAUCAUUUUCCGGUUAUUUCAGCUUGAAUACUUAGAUUUUUUUACUCGCCGAAAAAAAAAUAUAUUCAAUUACCUAUAACCAUUGUAUAACUAGACCUUGUAUAACUGACAUGUGUAGAUAAACAAUGCUAUAACUCACUUUUAGUUAACAUUAAAAGGUUUUUCUAGUAAAGGGUUUAUUUAAUUUUUUAUUAGCUUCAAUUUGGGUAAUAAUAACUUUUUUGUAAAAAUUUAUAAUUUUGGAGUUAUUGAUGAAAAAUCGGUUAAAAACAUGCCAAAAAGUUUUGAUUUAUUUUAAUAACUUAACAAAUUUUGCUUAGAAUUUGUUUCCUAUAAAAUUUUGGGGUUAUUUUCAAUAAAAUAAUUUUCACCCCCGAGAAGGGGUGGCAUCCACCCCCAGGGUAAAAGCGCAAGUUGGCACCAUGUCACCUUUGUUCCUUGAGAUAUCCUCUAACCACUCACCAAUUUUCAUGCAAAUAUAUGGAGGUUCAACGAAAUCGGAGGUAAUAGCUCAUAUCCACCUUCAGUGACUGCACUAUUGUUAGUUAUGAUAGCUGAUGCCAACUCCUGGACAUGUCACGAGCUUGUAAAUAGGCUCACUGAAAAGAUGGAGAAGAAUUCAAUCUUAAAAAAAAUAAUCUUCUAGAGAAUCUAAAGAAUUUCCAAACAGUUGGAUGUACAUACUAUGGCAUAGUAGAAAUGUCAUUGAUGACGUGCAAUGAACUUUAGGAAAUAAUGUACAUUUUUGUAUAUUUCAAAUAACGUGUUUGCAUCUGAUUAAUAUUUGCAAAUACCAUUCUUUUUUAAUAAUAAAGAUUUGUUUCAUUACUAUAUAGUCUGUUUAAUCAUUACUAUAAAUGAAUAGUAAAUGAGACCCUUUAGUAUUUAGGUAUUAAUGUUUUUACAGUUGUUACAAGUUAUUACAUUCAUAGACAAAAAAUAUGGAAACAUUAUGAAUUUAGAGGAGAGUUGGAUAAAACGGGAUACCUAGCCUAGAGACCCAACUAGUGGUGCUAUCAAUCGCACAACGACGGAAACUUGUUAUCAGUCGUCAUUUUAACAUUCUCAGUUCGUUUUACCUUGAUGCCACUAUUUGAUGAAAAGUUGUGUUUAGAAUUGUUUCGACUCUAUUUUUUUGAUACUUUGUACUUUUAAGUGCGCUGUUUUCUACAUUAUACUGCCUACAUAAAUAAAAAUAUAAUUCCGGUGACUAUUAUAUUUAAUUAAGCAAUCAUUAACGAAUAUUCUCAUGUGUAGUCUACCUAAUUUUACUUUCACAUUUAGGCAGCAGCCACUUUUGUUUUGAAAAAUGUCUGAAUUGGACAAAACGGGACACUUAUAAGUUGGAUAAAAUGGGAUACAGUUUCUUAUGUCCCGUUUUAUCUACCUAUUUAUUUGUUGACCUAUUAAUUUUUUAAAUAGAGAUAUGAAGCGUUUUAUCAUACCGCAGAGAAGAACAACAUAUUUUUAUGUGACCUUUGUUCUGAUAUACGCACCUAGUCCUAAAUAAAAGGUCUUAUUUUCCAUUUUGCCAUAAAACAUAAAAAACGCCUAUUUUUAAGUUUCCGAUUACUGAAGAUAUUAUUAUUUCAAAAGUAAAUUUUACUAUACAGUUUAAUGUCUACUUAAUUUAGACAUAAAUUAAGUUUUAGAUCAUUUUAUCCAAAAAAUUAAAUAUUAUAAACCUAUCCCGUUUUAUCCAACCGUGGUUGGGUAAAACGGGAUGUGUAGGACUUUAAUUAAUUUUUUUUUUACUAUUUUCAUACAUUUAUGAACUUUUCUUUUUCGUUAGUAUUAUAUAACAUAAUAAAUGUUAUACCUAUAAAAAAUAAUAUGAUAAUUUCUUAAACAUAUUUUCCGUAGUAAAAGUAAACAAGAAUGGUAUCCCGUUUUGUCCAACUCUCCCCUAUAAUUUUUGAAAAUACGUAGAGGUGUAACAGAGAUAUUUGUGUUUAGGUAAAACAAUUGAAUCGCUUAUUUCAGAAACAACCUAAGUCACAUUUUGGCAAUUUUGAGUUUAUUAAACCAACAUUAUAUUUCUGUGGCUUACACACAAUAUAAUGUAGAAUACACCUUAGUCCCGUAAGCCUAGUUGAUUUUAUAAUGAUUUAAAAUAUUCAUAUAUAUUUCUGAAUAAUCCCACAGAAAAACAUGUUAGUGUAAUAAACUCAAAAUCGCUAAAAUGUGACUUAGGUUGUUCCUGAAAUAAGCAAUUCAAUUAUGGGCCAAUCUUCUGAUUAUCCUUAUUCCUAAACAGUAUCCUUUUAUUUCGCGAGUAUUGAAACCCUCAAAAAUAUAUAGGUCUUGGCCCACACUUCAAAAUAAAAUGAUUACCUCCCUCAUGAGACUUUUUAUUCAGUUACCCAUGUCGAGUCGGAUAAGUUUUUGAAGUUAUACUUCUUUAGUCACGAGGGUGAAUUUUUAUUUUGCCGGGCGCAUGCGCACACCGACAGUAUGGUUUUAGUCGCUCAAACGUUAUGCGGGAUCUGAUUGAGUGUUACAAUCAUCUGUCAAUAUUUGUUCAAAUGGAUAUUAUGCAUAAACAAAUGUGUAUAUUAGUUUUUAUUUUUGUGAGGACAGAGACAAAAAGCAAGUUUAUAAUUAUUGUAGUGACUUUUUAAAUAGUUUUUAAAAGCAACAGGUACGUACCUUAUUGUAAAUGUUUCAAUGUUGUAAUAAAAAAUUACAAAUUAAAUACCUAUUUGGAAAAUGUACCUACCUAGCUAACCUAGCUACUUACCUAUCUAGGUAAUGCUUUGAUUUACCAAAAAAAAUCUCAAUCUAAUAUAUUGCUUUUUUAGUCUAUAUUUUGUUGUAUUUUAAUUCCACAAGAAUCAAACUUAUUUGAUUAAACUAAGAGAAUAUUAAUAAGCAACUGUCAAAAAAUUUUAAAACGUUUAGAUGCUAUAUCUUCCCACUUCAUUCACGUGUCUCGGUAGUUAAAUCCUGCGUGGGGUGAGUUCAAAAUAAUCUAACAACCUGAUAGACGCAGGUUCAAUUCCCAAUGCAAAUUUUAUUUUUUUUAUACAUUUUAUUAUUGUAAGUAUAUUUAUUAUAUUUUUUUUCAGAAAAUACGUAUUUAGUUAAAAUUUUCUCAACAAUUGUUCAGAAAUCAUUUCUUUGUUUCAUGUUUCAAUGUGUUUGCGUGUGUUUUAUUUUUUUAAUUUUUGGUAGGUAUUGUUUUAAUAAAAAUUUUUGGAAAGUAGUAAGUAUUAAAAUUAGUUUAAUAUUUAAAUAAAAUAUAAAUAAACUGUUUAAAGUAUAUUGAUUUCGUUGAAAUCAUAUAAUAGAAGUAUAACUUAUUACGUGCGUACAAAGUACACACACAUUCUUUUUUAUUACGAAAAAUUUUGAGGCGGGGGCGAUUCGUUAAUAUAGAGGAACUUUGGUGCGUCCAACAACUGGAAUACCCUUAAAAAUUUGUCGGACAAUAUUAGCAGUUAAUUGUAGAUCUUUUUAUCAAAUAUCCUGCAAAAUCAGCAGAGGGGUAUAAAUUUUAUGACUCUUUAUGAUGCGUCAACCCCCAUAUAGGAGGCGCACUAUAGAGUCAUAAGUGACGAUUUUUUUGCAGAAUUGUUUGAUAAAAAUACUUACAAUUUACUGGUAAUAUUGUCCGACAAAUUUUUAAGGCUAGUCCAGUUGUCGGACGCACCAAAGUUUAGAAACUUUUUUUAUUUACGAUACGCCCCCUCCCGAAAAUGUUCCGUAUUAGACAAGUUGUCGGACUCAACAUGAAUAACUGAAAAAAGUCUCAUGAAUGAGGUAAUCCCUUUUUUUCAAGUGUGGGUCGAAGGUCUACGAGUAGUAUAUGGGUGGAAACAUAUACGUGCAGAGAUUCGCAAAGGAUGAAGAAAUAUGGGUGGACCUAGUUGAAAAAUUUUCCAAUAACCCAAAAAAGUUAUUUAUAAAAACAGUAGGCAACAAUAUUCUCAAGGCUUGGAAAAUAUUCUGAAUUAUACAGGAAUGAUUAAUAACUACGUGGACAAGUAAACAUACGUUCCUUAUGAUUUUGUUAAUUUACUGUUCAUCAUUCUUUAUUUUUAUGUCUUCGUUCUUUACAUCUUUUUACAUAUAUAUUUUAUGUGUUUCUUCUACUAUUAACCACAAUUUUUAACAUCAAAUACGUGAAAAAUCAACAAAUUUUCAAUGAAAAUUAUGACUAAUUCCUGUGAAAAAGAGUAGAAUCAUAAUAAUGGUAGUGUUUCCUGUUCGAAUUAAAAUUUUAAACACAUUCAUUUUAAUAUCAAUUCCUAAGAAAUUCCAGUUAGUAUCUACCUUUUAUACUGAUUUAUUUUGUUCCAAUGGCCUUUUUAUAUAAAAAAGGAAUGAUAAUGUCUGUUAAUUCCUUAUAAAUAUCAAUAUAAUUCUUCGACUUUUGUUCAUCCAUUUUACACUAACAGGUAUUUUUUUCCGUAUUUUUAAAAUUCAGCAACUAAGUUAAAGAUUCCUAGUCAGACUUGGUCAAUAUAAUGUGUUAAUUAAGGAGUGCAUGUUAGCAAACUUUAUUAAUAUGUUUUAUCUAUCUAUUGGUGCAUACAACUUGUUAACGAUUGAAUACAUUGUUUUCUAAAAAGCGUCACCAACAUUGAGAUUUUUACUUUUUUAAGAAGUUAUUUUUUAGAUGUUAACGUGUUACAGAUGCUUUAUGAAAUAUUGUUUUGUGCUCAAUUUUUGUAUUUACUAUGCAAUAAAGUACCUACAAUUCUUAAAA